AUGGAUGAGCACGGUAUACAUGACCCACGAUACAAUUAUAAUGUAGAUGAGACAGGCCUCUCAACAGUGCAACGAAAACCAAGAAAUAUAUUGGCCAAAAAAGGAAAUCAUCAAGUUGGUGCUAUUACAAGUGGUGAGCGUGGAUUCACUACUACUGCUGUGUGUUGUGCAAGUGCAGCUGGCCAUUUUGUACCACCUCUUGUAAUUUUUAAACGAAAAAACGCUAAAGACGAACUUCGCGACGGUGCUCCACCUGGUUCAAUCUUUGCUUUUAACCCCGACAGUGGCUACAUUAAUAGUGAAAUAUUUUUUGUUUGGUUGCAACACUUUGUAGAAUGUGUAAAGCCGACCACGGAGCAGAAAGUUUUGCUGUUACUUGAUGGACACACUAGUCACACAAAAAAUUUGGAUGCUAUUAAAUAUGCCAAGGAAAACAAUGUUGUGUUACUGUCACUUCCUGCUCACACUUCCAAUAAACUGCAGCCCCUAGAUACUUCGUUUUUUAGACCGUUGAGUUGCUAUUAUAUAGAUGAAACAGAGAAGUGGCUGCGUACAAAUCCAGGAAGACGUGUUACAGUAUUUCAAAUUUCAAUGCUUUUCGGUAAAGCCUACGCCCGUGCUGCAUCUAUUGCAACCGUUGAAAGUGGAUUUCGAAGUACGGGCAUAUAUCCUUUUAAUAAGGAUAUUUUCCAGGAUUAUGAGUUCGUUACUUUACCUGAAGAUAACGACAACUUACCGGCUAUUGAGAAUGAGAACAUGAUUGUGGAUCCUUUGUUUUCAGAGGUUAAUGAUGUAGAUGACAAUGGAAUACCAAAAGAUGUUACCUCGGAUGAUCCACCAUUUUCAUGCACCAGUGUUGAAUCUACUGAUGUAAAUACGAUGCAAACAAUACCGUCUGCUUCCAAAACCCCCGUUAUACCAAGCCCUGAUUUAUCGGAUAAUUGCAACAAUAUAAAUAUUCAACCUGAAACACUAAUCAUAGCAACAAAAGAAGUAAAACAAUGGCAGCCACUUCCAAGCACUAGCUCAGAAUUUCUAAUUUGUAGUGUAACUCUGACUGCAAAGAAAGUCAUGCAAGAAUUGAGAGAAGGAAGUCGUAGACCACAAUCGGCAAUAGAGUUAACUGCUUCCCCAUAUAAAACACAAUUGGAAGAGUCAAAAGCUAAAGCAUCCAAAACAAAAUCUGAUGCUGAAAAGAGAAAGAAAGUUGCUGCAUUAAACAUGGAGAAAACAGUAAAAUCUAAUAGAGGUCCAGAAAAACAGAUAAAGAAAGACGUGAAGAGAAAGAAAGUGCCAGCUGCGGAGUUAGAAAAAUGGUUCUGCAAAAUUUGUCUGCAUUGUGCUAUUGAUGACAUGAUACAAUGUUUGUCAUGUAAAUGUUGGGUCCACGAGGUGUGCUUGCGUUAA